AUGGCAGUCCAGUACAAGUUCCAAGGCUGGCUCGGCAAGACGUCAGACUCCGUCAAUGGUAAAAUGGAAUGGGGCGAAUUCGAACCCAAGCAGUGGACUGAGGACGAUGUGGACAUUGAGGUCUCUCAUUGCGGCAUCUGUGGCUCGGAUCUCCAUGUGCUACGAAGUGGAUGGGGAGAAGUCCCUUACCCUUGUGUUGUUGGGCAUGAGAUACUGGGCACCGCUGUUCGCGUAGGGGCAAACAUCAAACAUGUCAAGGUCGGUGACCGUGUAGGCGUUGGUGCGCAGGCUCGCUCCUGCCUGAAAGGGGAUUGCGAGGACUGCUCAAACAACCUAGAAAGCUAUUGCACAGGAUUCGUAGGCACGUAUGGGGGGGUGUACCCGAACAAGGAAGGAAAAUCAUAUGGUGGGUAUGCAGAUUACAACCGCACCAACGGCCAUUUCGUAUUCCCAAUUCCGGAUGGCCUAGAGUCUUCUCUGGCUGCGCUCAUGCUCUGCGCGGGUAUAACAGUGUUUUCUCCUCUUUUGAGAAGCGGCUGUGGGCCGGGGAAGACGGUGGGUAUUGUUGGCGUUGGAGGCCUUGGACACUUUGGUAUCCUGUUCGCAAAGGCUCUGGGGGCGGAUAGGGUUGUUGGCAUUUCUAGAAAAGCCGAGAAGAGAUGCGACGUGCUCAAGCUUGGAGCAGAUCAGUACAUUGCCACCGAAGACGAUGCGAACUGGGCCGAGGAGAAUCAGAGAACUCUGAACCUCAUUAUAUGCACCAACUCACGAAAGGAGAUGCCACUGAGUGACUACUUGACCCUCUUGAAGCCCGAGGGGCAGUUUGUUCAGGUUGGUCUGCCAGACGGAGGUGAAAUGCCCGCGAUCAACGCCCUGACGCUAUUCGAGAGUGGUAUCAGCAUUGGGGGAAGCGCCAUUGGCUCCCGGAGCGACAUAACGAAAAUGCUGCAGCUGGCUGCAGAGAAGAGGAUUACACCAUGGGUCGAGGAGCGUCCGUUGCGAGAUGCAAAUAACGCCAUCGUGGAUAUGUUCGAAGGCAAGGCUCGCUUUCGUUAUGUUUUGGUAAAUGAGAAUUACGGAAAGCAUUAA